ACAACGCGCCAUGGACGCGGCCGAGCUCUUGGACAGCUACACGGAUGCCAUCUACGCCUCUACGUACACGGCCGAAGAAGUGGUGGCGCUAAAGGAACGAAAGAAGAUGAACGAAACAAUCAUGCUGUGCCGUGCGAUGCUUCGAGACGAGACGUGGGAGCAUGACGCGACUGUCAACGAACUCGACGUGUACUUGACGUACGCGAGCACGCUCGAGUCGUUGACCCGGCGCUACGAAGCAAUCGACAUCCUUGUGCGUGGAAUCGAUAUCAUGGACGAACAUCCGAUGCUUCGAUUGGCGCUUGCUCGACUGCAGUUCAAGGCGGGCCUGUACGAGGAAGCGUUGGAGUCCUGUCUCCUGGUCGCGGAAGCGUAUCCAAACGACACGCGGUGCAGUAAAGAAAGCGCCGCGGAUGCGUACCACCUUGCAGGCUGGGUCAAGAUUCACGGGGACGAUCACACGAACGCGUAUGCAUUGUGGAGUCGCGGUGCCAAGGCCGUGCCGUCUUCGGCUGUUCUCGCGAGGCAAUACCGGAAGCGGCAAUGCUGGGACGACGACAGCGACGUGGAUUUGCUUCAUCCUGGCUUGGUCGGGCAGGGGGCGUCUGGGCUCCCAGCUGAAGGUUUUGCCGUCCCGCCAUCAACUCGCGCGGUGGCGUUGUUCAAUCCCAACACGCAAGCCAACCGCGUCGUGUUUCGCUCGACCACUCCACUUUUGACCAAGGACGAAUGUGCCAACGUGGUUGACAUUGUCCAUGCUUUCCAUCGAGAAACACUGGAUGGUCGAUGGGGCACGGUGCGCCACUCGAGCGUCAAGACGACGGACGUCGCGGUCGAGGACAUCCCGAGCCUUCGACCAUGGCUUAAAGUGUUGCUCCAGUCGCGCGUGUACCCAUUUCUACACGCUUGCUUUCCGUCUCUGGCGGACCACACAACUAUGAUGGACCCCGUGACGAUGCAAAGCCGUUGCCGCGUUCACGACGCGUUCAUUGUGCGCUACGAUGAGGUGGACGAGUCCCUGAGCCUUCCAGAGCACAACGACACGUCCGUGACAAGUGUCGUGGUGUCGCUAAAUGAUAGGUUCCAAGGCGGGGGCACGUGGUUUGAAGCGCUGGGCCAUGUCGUCGACGCGGAUGUCGGGCAUGCGGUCGCGUUUGCCGGGCCACUGCGCCACGGAGGCCAUGCAAUCACGUCGGGGUGUCGGCUGAUCUUGGUCCUGUUUCUGUACGUCGAUGGGUUUGCCUACGGCGACUACCUGGCCAACUUCGCCGAGGACAACGACACCAACAACGCCGGGGCGGGCAAAGGGUUUGUUGUGUACAACCAAACGGUGGAGCUGGUCGCAACUUUGAACGAGGCACCGCCCGCCACGGUGACAUGUCAAGUUGCCGACGAUGCGUAACAACGAGUUGAGUGUCCACCUUCUCGAGGUUUUCCAGUAAGCUUCGAUCGCGCUAGAGUUGAAAGCUACAGUGUGGACCGUCUGUGCAUGCAUGGCCCCUGAUGGAAGGUCCGUCGUGGCGAGCGACGAGUGGAGCCAAUCCUGACACAGCGACUCGAGAGAAGAAACGAGCUGGCGUGACUCAAUUUCGACACGCUUCUUCGUUAACGAGGGUCAUCGAUCCAGGCCGUCGUCCAACUAGGGUGCAGCUCUUACAUGCAACGGUCAUGCGUCGGCAAAGGAAUCUGCGCAGGAAAACGCGUGAACUUAUGCAGGCAACCGUGGAACAGACAGCUUGACCAAGCUCCUUCACCACCCGCUCGAACCCAUGUCUUCAAGCGUCCUCGCGACAACGUCGUGGUUCCUAAAUGGGAUGAUGCUUCGACCUGUUGCGCCUUCUUCUUGACG